AUGAACCUAGUGACACCCGAGGAAAAAUGCACAUUUUCCAAUAAAAAUAUUAAGCAAGGUUGUCAUAGAAUGAGGGAAGAAAAAUACAACAGCAUCCAUGAUAUAUUCUUACACCAGAAAGAGACCAUCUACGACUCCCUCCUUCAUUUGAAACAAGACAACGACGAAAAAAUGGACUCCGAAAUGAAUAGUGAUAUCUGCAGGACGUUGUCCAAUUACGCAGAUUACUCAACCAAGAAGGUGAAAUAUGUUGUAAAUAAAAGAUUUUCAGAAUUGGAAAAUACCGAAGAAAAUGUACAAGAUAUGGACUACUCCGUGUUCAAAUAUUUUAGGACCUUACCUCCAAAAUAUAGUGACGAAAAUGACAUAAGAAAUAAUAUCAUUUUUAAUAGUAACAAUAUAUAUAUAUACGCGGAAAAUAAAAAUGGAACGUUAAAUGAGCAGGCUUGCAUUUCCAUUUCACCGGAUAAUAAUAUCAUUUAUUGUUCUACCAAGGGGAGAAGGUACACCAUAGGGGGCCAUGCAGGAAUACAAAAACAUAUAAAUAAAGAAUACAACUUUUUUGAAGAAACUAAUCUAGUAUCCCCACAGGAUAGCAUUAAGACAUGUGCUUUCGAUGCAAUUGAUAGUUCUGAUAUUUCCAGCACCUUCACCAAAAUGAAUUUAAUAAAAACAAACGACGUGCUAGAUGAUUUCAAUGGAAAUAAAAAUAACACGGGAAAUGUAUUUAAUGAACAUAUGAUUAUGAAUUCUUGUGACUCUAGUAACCUGAACAUGACCAAGUGCUUAUCGAAAAAUCAGUCCGUCCAGAAAUUGUUUAAAUAUUACAAAAAGUGUUCUCAAAAUUUGGACCAUGAACAAAGAGUAUGUAAACCCUGUGCACAUGUGUACAAUGGGAAUAAAUGCCUCAACGGAGAUGAAUGCGCCUUUUGUCAUCACCCAGACCAUGUCUUAAUAUCCGCCAAAAAGUGGAAGAAGCUGGUAAAAAACAACAUGGAAAAGUUGAAUAUCCUUUUGCACGUCCUUCGAAACCCUGAUGAUGUAAACGCUCAGCUGAUGAACGAAAUGAUGAAGCUAAAUACCAAAAACUUCAAAAGGAGCAGGAAGAUGAGCAACAGCAAUAGAGGCAUGGGGAACGCCGGCGGCGCCACCCCCAUAGCCGGCAGCUACGGAGUCAGCAACUAUGGCAUCAGCAACUAUGGCGCCAGCAACUAUGACAAUAAUGGGAACCUUGCCAGUAUCGGCCUCAACAACCUUGGCGGGCUCAGUAGCGUUAGCGGGCUUAACAACCUUGGCGGGAUUAGCAGCGUUAGCGGCCUUAACCCCCUCAACAAUCUUAACCCCCAAUGCAGCGUCAGCACUGCAAACAGCGGAAAUGCCAACAACAGGAGAAAUCAAUUCGGUACAAAUAAGCCAUUCUACCUUCCCCCUCAAAAUGCAGAACAGAUGCCGAGAUUUCCGCAUAGUCAUUUCGAACCAAAUGAAGAGACAGACACGUAUAAGAACAAAUUUCACGUUAGAAAUUAUCAAGGAAACGUAGACAAGAAUUUUGUCUUCCUUCCACAUGAUAUUGAUAUGUGA